AUGUCAGAGGUUUCCUUCAUGUGGGCUGCUCAUCAGGUUCACCACAGCUCUGAGUUCUACAACCUAACAACUGCACUGCGCCAGUCCCUGAGCCAGCAGUUCACCGCCUGGAUCUUCUACCUGCCCUUAGCUUUGGCCGUGCCUCCCUCCAUCUUUGCGGUCCACAUCCAGCUGAACCUCCUGUACCAGUUCUGGAUUCACACUGAGUUGAUUAAAGACCUUGGGCCUUUGGAGUGGAUUAUCAACACACCCAAGCACCACAGAGUUCACCAUGGGAGAAAUCUGUACUGCAUCGAUAAGAACUAUGGAGGCAUUUUGAUCGUCUGGGAUCGUUUGUUUGAGGACAGAGAUUAA